GCCACGUGACAAGCAGCGCUGCCUGUCAGGGCUUUGCAGCAGCAGGACGAAUGACGGCCGAGUUGGAGGAAGUUACUGGGAGCAGCUGUGCUAGUAUGUAACCCUAAACGAGUUGGAGACAGCAUUGCAGUAAAAGAGAGGAAGGCAGCAGCAUUCAUGGAUAUUGUGGACAGCUUUAACAGUUUAAUACCCAGUGACCAGUUGGACGACUCCCUGAUAGCUGGUCAGAAUUUGGAAUGUGACGGCAGUAAUGAGUUUGGGACAGGACUCCGGCUGGAAGAGUCGCUGAAGAACAUGCUCAGUGAUAAAGAUCCCAUGUUUGGAUGUGCAAGCUCCUCUCAGUUCAAUCUGCUGGACAAUGAGGACUCCACUUUUCCAAUUGCUGGCUCAACAGCUGUUGCAGCUCUCGGUGAUGGUUCAGCACCCACAGGCCUCAGCGGUGAACUGACCGAUGCAGAGACUUCACAAGUCAAGCGACCUGUUGGCAGGCAGAAGAAACGUCCAAGUCAUUUAGAGAACGACACAUCCACCAACACCAUGACCCGAGGACGAAUAGGAAGGGAACCAGCGAACAGGAUCCGGAAGUCGUUUCUUAUCGAGAAAGGAGUUAAAGGCGCCCAGCUGAAGAAAGAACUUAUUCUGGGAGGACGUGUUGAUAUUAAUGAUCUUCAAGGUGCAUUAUGGCUGAAUCCUUCCGUUGUAUUGAGACGAUUGACUGUCACAAUUGCAGGAUUUAAGAUUGAGCUGCUUCCAGGACCCUCUUACACACACAAUGUUGAAGGGAGCCUUGAUGGUGGCUUUGCGUAUUCUGGGGACAUUGGGUUUGCGGUGCUGCCAGGUGAUACCGUCAGUGUACAGAAUCCCACACCUGAGAACGUGGCAGUGGUGGCUGAAGUUGCUGAAGUUGCUGAAGUAGCUGAAGUCGCUGAAGUUGCUGAAGUAGCUGAAGUCGCUGAAGUCGCUGAAGUAGCUGAAGUUGCUGAAGUUGCUGAAGUUGAGAAGAGCUCUGCUGAUGAUGCGGCCCUGGGGCUCGGCCCGUAUGUGAAUCCCAACGACGUGCAGACCUCCAACGGGACUUUGAUGGGGAGUGCCUGCACGCAAGAGACAAAACACGACAAUCAUAGUGUUCCUGAAAAACUAAAAACCGUCAGUAAAGAAAAGGAUGGCCUCAAAGAGCCAGAAAACAUUCAGAAUAACAGAACUACUGUUAGUAACAAGACAAAUGAUAAGGAAAAACAACAGAUUGUGGCCAAAACACUACCGAAGUCGAAACUAGGGCUGCCUUCUAACAAGAAUAAAGACUUGGUUUCUGAUAAACCAAAUAACACGGUUAAGGGACAUAAAGUAACCCAAAACAUGCCAUCCAAAAUCCAAAGAGACGACCUGCUGAGAAUAAAAAAUCUCAAGGAAAAGAAAGAAAUUUCACCUUUGAAAAGGCCUGCAGAAAUCACCCAAAGUGAGCAUGCUACUAAAAUCCAAAAGACACAGGGCGCAGGUGAGAGUAAAGGGAAGCCAAGCUCUCUCGGUAAGAAGAGCCCAUCGUCUGGCAACCGUGUUGAUCCGCAGGGAACAACUAAACACACGUCUCCACCCAAUAUCUCCAAGCCUGAGACGGCCUCUCAAACACCUGUUCGUCCAGGACAUCCUUUAAAAAUGACAGAAGAGGUGGGGCAGGAAAAGCCCAAACUGAAAAAGCCAGAAAAGAUUCUUCAAAGACAGAAAAGUAAAACUCCAAGAAGCAUCUCCGUGGAUGAGCCGCAGCUGUUUAUCCCAGACAAUGCUCCUGCUGUGAAGAAGGAAAAUGCUGAAGAGACACCCGCUAACAGUGAGUCGGUAUGGGAUGGAAACAACUGCUGUGGCCUGUGCAAGAACCAGCACAAUAACACGUUCAUGGUAGGCUGCGGUCGCUGUGAAGACUGGUUCCACGGAGACUGUGUUGGUCUCGACCUUACCAAAGUACGCGAGAUGGAGGAGGAAGAUCAGAUGUACGUGUGCUUGAAGUGUUGUGAGGAAGAAAGCAAAAAGGUGGAGCCCGAGCCCCCGAUUGCAGCCAAACCAGAAGUGAAAGCAAAGGCGGAGGAACAGGAUGUGAGGCCGCCCCCCAAGCCCCAACCAGGACCCUCCGAGAAACUCACCUCAGGAGGCGUCAGACCAGUAAGAAAUGAUCCAGACAGGAGGCACUCCACAGAUGCAGCUCAUAAAACAGGCUUUUAUCUGAAAGAGUCAAAAAGUAAGUCUUCAGGUUCAAAGAAACCUGUGUCUGUGGAGGCGAUCCGGCGAAGUGUGCGGGACUCUCUGAAAGAAAUCCUCAUCCAGAGGUUGAAGGAGUCUGAUUUGAAAGUCUCAGUGGAGAAGGCCUCUGAAGUUGCCAAGAAAACGGAGAGAGAGCUUUUUCACUUGUAUAAAGACACUGACAACAAAUACAAGAACAAGUACAGAAGCUUGAUGUUCAAUCUUAAAGACACUAAAAAUAAUGUCCUCUUUAAGAGGGUUCUCAAAGGGGAAGUUUCUCCUGGUAACCUGAUUCGAAUGAGCCCCGAGGAACUGGCCUCUAAAGAAUUAGCUGCUUGGCGACAAAGGGAGAACCGACAUACUAUUGAGAUGAUUGAAAAGGAGCAAAGAGAGGCAGAAAGACGGCCGAUCACUAAAAUCACACACAAAGGAGAAAUUGAAAUUGAAAGCCAAGAACCAGAGAAAGCACCUGAGCCUGAAGAGCUUGACUCACCUCCCAAAGUUACCGAAGUCACAGCUGAAUCUCCAAAAACCCCUGAGGAGAAAGCAGAGGGUCCCGGCACAGAGAAAGACACAACCAACCAACACAAGUCUCACUUAUUUGACCUACACUGCAAAAUCUGCACAGGUCGUAUGGCGCCACCUGUGGAGGAGGCACCGACCAAGGUGGUUAAAGUUGCCACUACAGUUGUCAGGAGGCAGUCCACCAAAUCAGAAGAGACCAAGAGCGCGGGAACCCCUGCAGAGGACGACCUGCACCUCACCGUUUUAGAGGAAAGCUUCCGAAGCGCUCAGUCAGGCUACGAUGGAAGGUCGGAUCAUGUAGCUGGAAGAGAUGAAGAAGCCGCUUUCCUGUCUAACCUGAAGUGCCUGUGGCAAGGACUCGUUCACAUGCACGCUGUGGCCAAGUUAAUGACAAAAGCCUUCCUUGUCUCAGGCACUUUGGACAACUUGACUGAGGACAUUCCAGACAGCAUUCAAGUUGGCGGGAGGAUAACUCCACAGAUAGUGUGGGACUACUUGGAGAAGAUUCGGGCAAUGGGAACUAAAGAGGUGUGCCUGAUCCGCUUUUCCCCCGAGACGGACGAAGAUGAGAUCUCCUAUACUCUUCUGUAUGCCUACUUUAGCAGUCGUAGGCGUUUCGGGGUGGUGUCCAAUAACCGGAAACAAGUGAAGGAUAUGUAUAUCAUUCCUUUGGGUGCCACUGAAAAAGUCCCACAUCAGCUUGUUCCCUUUGAUGGGCCAGGUUUAGAAAACAACCGUGCCAACCUUCUUCUUGGACUCAUCAUUCGCCAGGCACCUAAAAGGGAAUUUCUUCCUGUGGACAUGAACGAAACUGCCAGGAUUAUUCCUGAAAUCAUGCCCAUCACCAUUUCCACAAAAGAAACCAGAGCGCAAGAGGAGGAGGAGAAACUUUUCAUCUCCUCCUUGACUACUACACAUAAAAAAGAAAAUGAAAAACCACUUAACCCUACGGAAGAAGUGAAAGAGCCGAUUACAGAAUCUUCGGAAGAACCAUCUGCAUCGGAGGAGCCCAACAAUCAGGAGCCCCGAAAACCACUGCGCUUUCUUCCAGGUGUGUUAUUAGGCUUGGGUGGGGAAUUUCCACCUCUGCCAGAUGUUGGAGGUAAACCUGCAACAACAGCAGAUGACAGCCAGAAGACCCAAGCAGCUCCAAAGACAGAGGCUUCGACUGGGACCUUAAAAAGUCCAACAGCUGCUUCACAACGAGAGCGCUUUGUCAUCAGGAAGAAAGACGCUAAAUCUGUUAAAGCUGAACCGGCGCUACCCAGCCCGACUCUUACAUCUGUUGCUAACAACUCAUCAGGAAAGGAUGCCGCAGCGGUGACCCACAGUGCACAAGUCUCUCUGAAGGAUAAGCCUCCAGAUGUAUCGACCGAAGCCUUUUUAUCGAGCCUUUCAGCAGCGCAGAGUGGAACUGAAACCAGCAGCGCUGCUUCUGCACACAAAGGAGACGUUGGCCUUUUGUCUGAGAGUGAAAAAACACCAUCUGAAGGGAACUCUUUGUCGCAGCCCCAAUCCAUGGCUCCUCCAGCCAAUAGCUCCAAACCUCCUUUAAGUGGAAUAUUGAAAAAAUCUUCAGCCUAUUCCAGUGUGAAUGAGGAUAAAACAGCGUCGCUACAAAAGGAUGAAGCAAGCCACCCCGCUCCUUUGAGCCCCAAACCUGUUCCUGUUGUGAGCAGUGCUAGAAAAGAGCCGGUUACACUCUUUCACCAAGGAUAUUUACAGCUUUAUCAGGCCAAGAGCAAACCCAAGGAAGAAAAACAAACAACUAUUCCAUCACCGGCGAGUGAAAAGGAAAACCCGGGCACAUCCCAGGCUGAUACUAAAGCACUUCAGACAGCUUGUGCUCCUGCAGAAGAACCACAGGCAGUGAGUUACACAGAGAUCAAGCAGGACUCUGUAGUGGCACCAGCUCUCUCAGAACACAAGGAUGCAUCCAUCCCAUCUCAGCAGCCUCAGGUACCUGGUAGCUACCCCACAGGCCCUCCUCCUCCUCCUCCUCCUAACACUUUCUCCAGCCCACCCCCCCAGGAUCAGAAUCACAGUGCACCGUGGGUUCAGAAUAGCUCGUCAGACGCGCUCGCUGCACUUCAAUCACAGUACGCAGAGAGCUGUCCCGAACCAGCUCCCCCACCUCCGUCCCUGGCCAAAGAACACAAGCGUCAAGAGGAGAAAUACAGCGAUCCGUGGGAGAGGCCGCGCACGUCCGAGGACAGAGAUCACCACGGGAGGCACAGCCAUCACAGGGACACUCAUCACGGGAAGAAGAGCCGGAACCACGACAGGGAGAGGAAGCGCGAUCGCAGCCACGAGAGAGAGAGGAGCAGGCACCGCGGACACUCUGACGACCGCUACGGCGAGAAGAGGAAAGAGAGACACCACAGCGAGGAUCACAGCAGCCGGAGUAAGGACAGACACAGAAACAGGAGGGACUCUGAUUAUGAGAAUGGACGGAGAAGCUCAAAAGACAGUUAAUUAUGUUUUUUAGUUGUUUUUUUUUUAAAGCCCUGACAAGGUUUGGGGGGGCUUUAAGAAAGACUGUUGGUUACUAAACCGGUUCAAAACA